AUGACAUCUUACAAAACCAGUUUAACAGAAUUGGAUUCUAAAGAUGGUACUUUAGAUUUAAAUCCAUUACUUAAGAAUGUUAAAUCAUCAUAAUUAUAAAUUUACUUGAAGAAGAUCAUUCAACAAUAAAGUGAAAAGAUUUAAUAGAGUUCAACAUUACCAAACAGAUAGAUGGCAAUAGAUUUAUAAUUAUGGUUUGAUUAUAUGAUUAAAAAAGUAAAAUAAUCAGUCAUGCUAGAAAAUAGUAAUACUUAAUCUAUUGCUGAAGAGAUUUCUCUUAUAUAUUCAUCAUGUUUAAAAGAGAUUAUUAGAUAAGUGUCUUUGGAUUGUAAAGAGCGUGGAUAAUUACUUGAAAAAGUAUGGAAUUCUUAUAUUGUUUUAAUUGAUGAUUUAAUUUAAAAUAUUAAUAAAACUAAUUAAGAACACCUUGAAAACUUAAAAAACAUUUAAUAAUAAUAAUUAUUAAAUUAAACUCAAAAAAGUUAUCACUAAUAAUAUAUAACUUUAAAAUAAGAAUUCUAAUAAUUUUAAAUAGAAAAAGAAACUUUAGAAAAGAAAAAUAUUUUUUUAGAAGAUAAAAUUAAAAAACAAAAAGAAGAAAUUACAUUGCUUUAUUAAAAUAUAGAAUAAAUCACAGAACAAUAAAAGAAAUAUUAACAUAAUCAUACUCAUUCCAAUGAUAUCAUAACAUAAUUACCUACUGGAUUCUCUAAUGUGUAACUUAAACAUUUACAAAGUAUUUAAGAAGGAAAGUCUAUAGUUUCUCAUAUUAUGACAAAAAAAGCUUAAAUUCCUAUUCAACUUAAAAAUAAAAGUUUGUCUCCUAUUUAAAUUGUUAAGACAUCAGAUGAUGAAUAAAGCAAAACUCCACUAUCUUAAUUACAACUUGAAUUUGAUAAUAUGGAUGAUUCUUAAUUGAUUAAGAUACAAAAAUAUCAUAGAAAAUCAAAUAUGAUAUAAAAUGUAAUCUUAGAUGAAAGUAUCUAUCUAUUUAUAUUAUUUUAGAAUAAAUAUAAACAGAUAAAAUGAUUUAUAGUAACAUUCCUAUAUUGAAUGAAUUCAUUCAUAAUUUCAUUAAUCAUGGUAUUUAAGCUAUUUUUGAUGAAGUCAAAGAGGAUGAAUAUAGAGAAUCAAUUUCAAUUGUAAGAUAUGCAACCUCUAUUUCUAUUGCUUAAGAAGAUUUUGUUAUUGAAACUUUAAAUAAAUCAAAAAUUAAAUAAAAAGUUUAUGAAGAAUUAUAAUAGUAUCUUACUAAACUUAAUGAUAAAUAUUAAGAAUUCCAAUCAAAAAGUAUAGAAUAAAUGUUGAAAAUAAAGGAACAUUAAGUUGUUGCUUAGAAUUUAGAAUAAAAUUUAAAAGAAGCAACUUAAGAUUUUGUAGAAAUUCUUAAAGAAAAAUAAUAAACUAUUAAAAGUCUAAAACAUGGAUAAACUUUAUUAUUAAAAAAGAUCAAUUCAAUUAGUUAAGAUUAAUUAUCAUCUAAAAGAUCUCCAUAAUUUGCAUCUCCAAAUAGAAAGACACCUAAUUUUAAACAUACUUUCGAUUUCAAUAAAGAAGCUAUAUCUAAAGAAUUUGAUGUAAUUAAGGUAGAGGAAGAUAAUGAUAAUAGUUCAAUUAAAUCUGAUGAAAAAGAUAAAAUUAAUUAGACAUUUCAAAUAAAUAAUAAUGAAGUAUUGCAUUUAAAUGUACUUGAAGAUCAAGAUGAAUAUGAUGAUGGGUAAAUAUAAAUAGAAGAAAAAUAAGAUUUAAAUUAAGAUAUAUCAAUUAAUGAUGAGAAUACAUUAAAUGAUUAAAAAUCUGAAAUUACAUAAUCUUAAUAAUUAGAUUUAUAAUUAGAUAGUAAAAAAGUAGAUGAAAAUAGAUUAAGUAAUGUUAAAGAUUUAAUUUAAAAAUUUGGAUUGUAAAGACAAUCUACAAAGAAAUUUACUAAACCUCUUUAAAUGAGAAUGUCUUUGUUAAGUGAACUUAAAUAAGAUAAAAAAAAAGUGAAACGUAUUUAUAGUUAAAAUACAGAUGCUGCUAAUUAAUUAAUGAAAGAAUUGAUAGCAAAGACACCUACUAAAAAAAGUGUAAGAAUUCCAAUAAUUCCAAUUAUAUAGUUAUUAAAAAUAUUUUAUACACUUAUUUUAGAUGCAUCUAAAAAUCCAGAGGGUUAUAAAAUUCCUCUUCAUAUUAGUAUUUAUGAUUAUUUUCUUAAGAAAUAUGGUUUUAAAAAUGUUGCUGAAAAGAAAAUAAAAUAAAUUUUUUAAUUUAUAUGUAGUAAAAUGGAAAUUCAACCUAAAAUGUAAUUUAUGGCUAGACUUUGUUAUAUGCAUGGAGAAAUGGAUGAAGCUAUUUAUAAAUAGAUAGUUGAAACAGUGAAAUAUUUUAAUAAUAAAGAAGUUAAUUUUCAUAAGAAUGAUUUAAUUAUUCAAUAUGAUUUAAUGACAGAAUAUUGUAAUGAAUUUCUAGCCAACUUUCUUGGAUAAAAUACUGUCAAUUAAUAUCUUAAUUCAUUAAAAAAUAAGAAAGAAAUAUUAUUUGAAUCAGAAAUGAUUACAAUAUUGAAUUUAUAUUUUUCAAAAAAGAAAUAGUGUGAAGAUUCAUUAUAACUUAUAUUUUAGGCUGCUGAUCUAGAUGGUAAUUAAUUAAUAGAAUUUUCUGAAUUUAAAACUUUAUAUAAAGCAAUUCAUCCUGAUCUUUAUAAUAAAACAAAGGCUUUGCAUUAAUUUAUUACAUUUGCAGAUUUUAUAGAUGAAAAUACUAAAGAUAAAAUGAUUACUUUAGAUAGAUUUGCAGAAAUGGCAAUAGAAUUGAAUUUAUUUAAUAAAGAAAAAAUAAAUUAAUAUGGUUAAGGUAGUCAAUCAUUAAUUCAUGAAUGGAAUGAAAAUAAAAAUUUGAUUAAAUAUCGAUAUUUAGUUUCCAAUAAUUAUCAUAAAGUCAAAUAUACAUUUAAUUUAUUAACAGAGUAAAUUUAAUUGCAUAUGCAAAAAUAAUGUUGUAGUCAUUCAAUUUAAAGUAUAAUAUACAAUUAUAUAAUCAGUUCUUUGGGUUAGCUAUAAAUUAUUAUUUGAGAGAUCUCAGAGAGUUAUUUUAAAGUAAUUAUCUAUAAUUUAUAAAUUUUUAGUUAUGAAUUAAAAUAACUUAUGGAUGAAUUUGUUCCUUAAGAAUUUGUUUAAAUAACAUAAAUUCAUAAUGCAAUAGCAGAAAUAAAUUUAUGA